AAUAACGCUGCGAGAUUAAGAUGGUUCUACAUGAGGAAGAUUCGGACGACCUGCUCUCUCGUCUCUUUCGACGCUCUCAUGGGGCCACUUGUCCAACAAAUACUCACUCUUUAUCUUCCAAAAGUCGGCGAGUCGGGAGCGAACUCCAGACUCUUGCUGUGACCAAUCUUUAUGAGUUGAGUCGAGAACUGGACGCUACGGAGCGCGCUCUACAUCCCAAUCAUCCCUCAGUGGCUGAAUUAUCCAAGCCACCGCGUCUGAAUAGCCAAAUGACGCAGUACCCGGCAUGGGAUGAGCUGGACGAGAUUUUCCGAGACCUUCAUGAUGUGUACGACAAAAGUCUGCUAACCUUACGGGAACAAGAGUACGCAGCUGUACUCACUCAAGCUACAGUGAAUGUGCUGGCUCAAGCGUGUCUUACCAGUGAAGGUGGAGAUUUAGACGCAUCAGGAGUGAGAGUUAAACUGCUGGAACUGGCAGUUCUUCCGUCACCGCAGUGGCGACGUCUAGCGCUCACAUUGUUCUUGAACACAAGUGUUGCUUCACUUACAGCGAUAUUAUCGACACAGCAGGCCUCGCUGACGACUCGAGCGCAACAAUUGGAGGUGAACUUGUUCAAGUUGCUACGAGAAAUGUUAGCUAAGGCGGUGGUGGUAUCAACGUCAGUAGCCUCCGAGUCUAUUGUCAAAUUUGAUUUUGAAGUUGACUGGGUCGACCAAGCGGUUGGAUGCGUGGAGUUCUUCGUCAAGAAAGCGAACGGCAAUUAUUCUUCCGAUCACUUGAGGUCUCUGGAUGAGCACACACUUUUGUUUCUAGUGGCGGAGGCUAGCAACCGCGAUACGAUUGGCUCGGAGCUUCAACUGAAGGCGAUGGAGCUGGUUGUAGCGACGAUGUACGCACUCAAAGUCACUGGCCAGUUGGAGACCAAAGAUCACGUCGUGUGGAACUGCGGACUGCCAGUGGCAGCUGUUGAGCAGUACGUGAGUCUGGAGCUGCUACUUUAUCACUUUUACACUUCCCCAAUUGCUCGACUGCAGCGAUUAGCGUGCAUGGUUCUUGUGGAUCUAGUCUGCGAGCAGCUUCGACGUACUGGAAGCCGUGAAGGCAUCAGCAAUGCCGGACUUGAUCAAAUCUGGAGAUCUUUUGUGGACUGGGAGGAUCCCCCUGAGGGUAUGAAGCAGACUCUGUUGUCCCCGUACAUUUCGAGCUCUCGGGUGGUAAAGCAGUUGUUGCCGAGCUGUUCGUUGGCGUCGGAGAAGCAAUUGAACGUGUUCGUCAACCAGUUCCGCUUGGUAGUUCAGGUUGACGCGUACUUUGGAGUGAAUCCCGGUCUGGAUAAAGCCGUCAAAGCGGCCAAGAACCAGAGCGGUGGAAACGUAUCAGAAGAGAUCAUAGAUCAAGUUUUGAAGCUGCUGCUGUCGAACCGAGCAGUGGAGCGCUUCCGAGGCGAGCGGUGGCUUGCCGAACUGCUGAGUUAUGACCAGGAUGACGACGGGUUCUCAUCGUAUGAUAGCAAAGCGACGACGGCGGUAGGGUCAGUUGGAAAGCAGCAUGAAGUGCUUUUGGCUCGACCGAAGGCUGUCAACAACCCGGUUGGAGAGGAACUUGAAGAGACGUUCUGUUACGACGAAGGAGGAGAGAUCAGUCUGGCUGCUCAGGCCAAGUUCUGGCAAUUGGCGUCACCGACAAACGCGGUAGAACGCCGUGUAUCAUUUACCAGGGUGCUGGCGCUGUUUAUACGACGGAAACUGCAGCUCAGUUCGGGGAAGCCAGACGCGUCGAUAAUGGAAGAGAUCAACACGUGUGUGGGUGUUCUUCUUGACCACAAAGAGCGUGAACCUGCUGUGCUACUUCCAGUGAUGCUGUUGAUCUUGGAGGUUUGUCAGUGCGAGUUGUCGUACGUUGACAAGCGCUGGAAGCAGAGAGAUGCUAGAACCUCCUCUAACGAGCAAGGAGAGGAAGAAGUGGCUGACUGCGUUGCCUGGUCGGACUCGUUGGCGUCUCGAGUGCUGAAUGGAGACGUAGCAUUGGAUAAAAAACUGCUGAGGCAGAUGGACGCCGAGUUUCUCCUGCAUGUUUUGACGGUACUGCAUGAACGAUCUGAUACCCAUCAAGGGUUUGAAUGCCGUCGUAUCUGCUGUGGAGUGGACGAUUCCUUGGUUGGGGACGUUGCAGCGUGCACAGCGCUGGUUGUCUGUAGCAUCUUUACGGACAACAACGUUGCAGUCGACAACGUUGGAGGAUUGACAGCCUUGACGCCAUUCCUGCAAACGUGUGAUACUCGCAUUGCAUGUGUCUGGUUUUUGUUGCGCAGGUUCAUGGCCAAACUCAUCAGUGAACUGAUGAAACAGAGCGACGAAGCUCAAUACGCGGCGUUCCUCCGUGAGCUCUACGUCGCCUGUGUUGAGGCAGACGACGAAAGUGCGCUGUACAAUUCGUACCUGCACACGCAGACGUUACUCCACAACGUUGAAGUUGGCAUGUAG